AUGAAGAGGCAGCACAGCGGCAAGGUUGGGCUUUUUAUUGAGUUCGAAGUCAUUUCGUCUUUUUUCAUUUUCUAGUUCGCCUUCAAAACCGCCCAUUUUUGUAAAUGAAAUAGUUCGAAAAUUUGAUCAAAUCGCAAAAAUUGUAGUCAUAAGAAGGGAAGUUUCUUCCACUUUCUGAACCGAGUUUUUCAUGAUAAUCGUCAAUUUCUUAUCCUUCAAAAAAUUCAGAAGGAAAAUUCUUUGUUAAACAGCCCAGUAUGAACUUUUUGAACAAGUUUUGGACUUAAAAGAACAUUUUUUGAAACGAAUUUUUGAUAGGCUGACCACGCCUCUAAUUUUCGAAAAACUGAAAUUCGUUUCUGAGAAAAUCAUUUCAAAUUCACGGCUAGCUUGGGAAGCUAAGGGAGCGUGGCCUGUCUGCGCUCUCCACGAGCCAGGCACUCUCGCGUGCAUUAUCGUGUCAGGACCCUUAUUUUCAUCAUGAAAGUAAUCUUUGAAUAAUCGGACAGGCCAAGGAUGAGGUAGAAGAGAUGAAAAAGCUUCUGGAGUGCGGCAGGAACCUUGAGAGGAACUUUUGGUCGUCGCUGGUCAAGAUUGACCCGCCUUUCGGGGAGUUCGGCCUUCGGCAGGACAUCAGUCGGAUGUUCGAACACGGGCUCCACACGGACUUUUCCGUCGUCGUGGAGGACCAGGUCAUCCACUGUCACAAGUGUGUUCUUGCUGCCAGGUGCGUGACCUGUCGGGCAGAACAAACAUCUUUAUUUUUGUUCAACAGUGUGAAUAUUGCAUUUAUCUUAAGGCAAACAUUGUACCGAGUUCGAAGUAAUUUAUGCGACUUCCAUAUUGACUUUUUGUUAUUUUAAAAUUAUUGCGCAGAAUCUUCAGAACUCUUAAAAAAAUUGGCGACGAAAUUUUCAUUUAGCAAUAUUUAAAAAAAAAAACCUCUUUCUUAUAUAAAAUGAAAAUUUAGUAUUCUCACUUCUCAUUAGAGAAACGCUUUGUAUGACUCAAUCCGCGCCAGCUUGUCACGAUUUUCGUUUUUCUCGGAGCUACAGAACCCCUUCCUUCUAUGCGCUGGGCGUUUGUCUUGCAUGCGCCUUUAAUAUAACGGAAUUUUCAAGCCACAAAAAGGAGUAUGUUCAGAAAUAGACCGGGCUUUGAACGGAAUAAUUUUUUUCAGCUUCACGGAAAACAAAUCGUGACAAAGCUGGCGCGGGGGCAUAUUACAGUAUAGCCCCCCGCAUAUGUUGGAUAUCACCCCCCGCGACACGUUCGAACAAGCCCCCCACACUUAUCCAAUAUAGCCCCCCGGAACUAUCCAGUAUAACCCCCCCACACCGAAAAAAAAGGUCAUGCAACGAUCACGCAGGACACGUGUCAGAGCUUCCAUUUUUUUAAUUUAUUUUCUAAUUUUUUUCGUAUCAUUCGUCGUUCUUGGUUGUUUCAAAUGGUUUUUUUGUAUUUUUCGCAUGUAAAUUCGUGUUCUUUUUGUGAAUUUAAUAAUUUUUUUGUGAUUUGAUUUGUAGAUCAUGGAAGAAAUCAGGUCGCUGACCGAGUUUCAUGAGAAGUUCAAGUCAGACAAAGAAGUUUACGGGUACGUCUCGCCGAGAUACGUACGAAUAUCAUAAAAUUAUGGGGCUCUGACCACUUAGAAAAAUUUAAGAUGAACUUUAUUAGUUUUCAAUAAAGUAAUUGUUCUGAGGAAUAGAAUUUUUUGCUUUUUCUUUUCAUGCACAUUAAUUAAUAAAUUACUUAGGAAAAUAGGCUUAGUUUUAAGGCUUCACACGGAGGCGGAGCGCGCAUAGCGCGAAGCCGACUGUGGCUCGCUUCGAAAAAACUGAGCCACAGUGAACAAUUCGUCAAAUAAAUAAAAUACUUGACAUGGAGGGGGGUCAUUCUGAAAUAGAGGGGGCCAUUCUGAAAUGGGAGGGGGCCAUUCUGAAAUGGAGGGGGCCAUUCUGAAAUGAGAGGGGGUCAUUCUGAAAUGGGAGGGGGCUUGUUCGAAUGAGCUCUGGGGGGACUAUUUCAAAGCCGUGCGGGGGCAAAUAUGAAAGAUUGCCUAGGCAUUUCAGAAUCGCCCCCCGUUUUUGUACUGCGGGGGGCCAUUCUAGAAUACAUAUUCACCCCCCGCGUUCGAUUCCCCACAUGAAGUCCUCUUAUUUUACCCCCCGCAGAUCGGAACUUGGCUUGGUGGGGGGCUUGUUGGAACGCGGGGGGCAAAAAUCAGUGGGGGGGGCGAUUCUGGAAUUUUUCCCCUGGCGCGGUAUGGGAUAUUUUUUUCGGGAAAGGUCCUUUACAAUACGAAAAAAAUAGUGUUUUUUUUUAAAAGAAAAUAUUCCGUGAUUUGAGUAUAAUGGACUCAUUUUCAGAUCACCAGUCUUCUGUAGAAUGCUGUCACAUCCCGAGACGGCAGAAGGAGUUUUGGUCAGUUAUUUUUCAAUAAAGUGUAGUCAAAAAUGAUUUUUGGACGAGAAAUUCUGAACUUGGUACGUUUUUGAAGAUUAUUUUUCUGAAUAAGAGUCGAAAAAAAGUUUGGAGUGAUGCGUUUCGGUUACGAGAACGUUGAAUUCUGUGUUCUCAUGUUUUUUUUAUUUCAUAGGACUCCUACUCCACAUUUAUCUGAAAGAAUUCAACUUUUGUGAAGCUCAUCGCUGAAAAAGAGCUUUAAAAAAGGAUUAUUUUUCUCAUUGACUUUGUUUAUUUCGCCCACAGACCAAUAGAGGGGAAUCACUUCGAAGUUUUCAAAUUUUUUUAAGGGUAUGGUGGAGAUCAAUGACAUGGAGUACAAGACGGCAAUGGAAAUGAUGCGGUUCAUCUACCGCGGGACGAUUUCGGACGACAAGGACCUCUACAAGAAGUUGAUGGCGGCGGGCGACAAGUACGAGCUGGAGGACCUCAAGCAGUACUGCGAGAGAAGGCUCGCCCGAACUAUUUCCAUCGGCAACGUCAGCGAGAUGGCCGCGUUCGCCGACCUCCACUGCGCCGGACACCUUCGUCGGGCCGUUGUCAAGGUAUUUGAACCGGGAGAAACGAACAGUAGGAGUAAUUAACACGCUGUCUCUGUAACUGUCAAAAACAACGGGUACAAAAAAAAAAUUUAUUUUUUGAUUCUGAUGAAACUUAUUCCAGUGUGAUAACCAAUCAUCAGAAAUGCGGACGCAACUUUUUGAGCCAUUUCUUCCUACUGUAGCCGGAUUACGGUAGGCAGGUGGGCACCUGCGUAUCUAAGUAUUGAAGAGUUUUACUAGGCAAGUGAUAUAUAUAUCGAUAGGUAAUCAAAUUUUAAGAACUUUUACAGUACAUACCAUUUUAGGUUACUGUAGGAAUUUUUCGAGUUACGGUAAUUUUUUUGUGUUUGUAAAGUAGGUUUUUUUCGGUCACCCUGGUCGUGGGCGUAGAAUCGCAUCGUAAUUACUCACAUGGAAUAUGUCUUGUAGUAUGUUCUAAACAAUGCCACAAAAAAAAGUUCGAAUUUCUAAACCCGUCAUCUCGAGAUUUCACUCCGAACGCGCGCAACUUGGCACUUGGCGGCCAGGGUUGGUCGGGGUUGACGAUUUUUCACAUUUUUCUUUUGUUAGAUAUUGGUGUAAACCUUUUUUAGAUUAUAACUACAGUAUGUUUUGUAACAUUCAAAGUGGUUUGAAGAGAUCUGUACGCUACAUAUUUGGCCGAAACUUUGUUUUGAACUCUACUUUCGCUUGAAAGAACGCGAUUCGCUUUGAAAAGAUGGGUUUUUUAAAAUUUCCGGCAGUCCCGCAGUUUCCAAAGCUAUCAAUUAUGUAACUGACAUAUUCUAUGUAAAAAUUUAUAUAGUUUUUUUCAAGUUUUACCGUACCCGUCCAACCGAAAUUUAGCUUUGAACUUAUUAUUGGCCUAAAAAAGCAAUAUUUACUUUGAAAAAACCGGUUUCUGAAAAUUUCCAACUGUACCGCUAUUUCCAAAGCUAUCAAAAAUGUAGCUGACAUCUUCAAGGUGCACAUUCAUGAGACUUUGCUUGACUUUUGUCGAACCCGUCUGGCCUAAAGCUCUCUUUGAACCCUAUUUUGGCUUCUUCGGCGGGUUUGAGGUUGGACUUUUUUUGGCAGCUGAAUUUCUGUUAGGCUUUUUUUUGCAUAAAAAUGUUACUUCUUGCGAUGUACGGAUGAGAAAGAAGCUACGAGGCUCAUGAAUGUGCACCUUGAAGAUGUCAGCUACAUUUUUGAUAGCUUUGGAAAUAGCGGUACAGUUGGAAAUUUUCAGAAACCGGUUUUUUCAAAGUAAAUAUUGCUUUUUUAGGCCAAUAAUAAGUUCAAAGCUAAAUUUCGGUUGGACGGGUACGGUAAAACUUGAAAAAAACUAUAUAAAUUUUUACAUAGAAUAUGUCAGUUACAUAAUUGAUAGCUUUGGAAACUGCGGGACUGCCGGAAAUUUUAAAAAACCCAUCUUUUCAAAGCGAAUCGCGUUCUUUCAAGCGAAAGUAGAGUUCAAAACAAAGUUUCGGCCAAAUAUGUAGCGUACAGAUCUCUUCAAACCACUUUGAAUGUUACAAAACAUACUGUAGUUAUAAUCUAAAAAAAGGUUUACACCAAUAUCUAACAAAAGAAAAAAAUGUGAAAAAAAUCGUCAACCCCGACCAACCCUGGCCGCCAAGUGCCAAGUUGCGCGCGUUCGAGUGAAAUCUCGAGAUGACGGGUUUAGAAAUUCGAACUUUUUUUGUGGCAUUGUUUAGAACAUACUACAAGACAUAUUCCAUGUGAGUAAUUACGAUGCGAUUCUACGCCCACGACCAGGGUGACCGAAAAACCUACUUUACAAACACAAAAAUUACCGUAACUCGAAAAUUCCUACAGUAACCUAAAAUGGUAUGUACUGUAAAAGUUCUUAAAAUUUGAUUACCUAUCGAUUGAUAUAUCACUUGCCUAGUAAAAACUCUUCAAUACUUAGAUACGCAGGUGCCCACCUGCCUACCGUAAUCCGGCUACAGUAGGAAGAAAUGGCUCAAAAAGUUGCGUCCGCAUUUCUGAUGAUUGGUUAUCACACUGGAAUAAGUUUCAUCAGAAUCAAAAAAUAAAAUUUUUUUUUGUACCCGUUGCUUUUGAAACUUUUUGAAAAUUACAGAGACAGCGUGUUAAGCUCUUUUGAGAAUCUUUUUGAGAGGGUAUAUUUCUAAAGCGGAAGGAAAGCUAUAGCUGAUUAACGGCUUGCUUGAGCCAUCGAAAAACGGGUCCUGACACGAUAAGAAGAGACAGUGCCUGGUUAAUAGAGAGUGCCGAGAGCCUUUUUGCGUUCUAAGUCAGCCGUGAAUCGGCUAUACUUCAUUGAAAGCAGGUCUUGGCAUAUAGUCUGACCAGUUUUUGAAUGUCAAUUCAUCGCUCAAACUCCGCCCUUUAUGCGUGGAUCGAACCAAUCAGAGAGCGGGCCUUCUACAGAGCGUUGUUGGGGGCGGAGUUUGCUGCUUGACAUUGAAAUUAUAAACAGACCAUACUGCUUUCAUGGCGGGGUAAAACGUGAAAAUCAAGCGUGAAAUGUAAUACGAAAGUAUCGAAUUUACACGUUUUAGUAAUAUUGUAUUCAAUAUCAGUUAAAAAAGACAAAAAAAAUUUGAAAAAACAAAGAUUCUCUUUGAGAAAUGGCGAAAACUUUUCUCAAAAAAAAAAAGCUAUUCUGAAAAAAAUUUAAAAAUUAUUUUUUUAAGCUCUUUUGCUUUUUUGUCGAUUUCGUUCAACUUAAAAGUUCGGGUUCUAUAUUUUAUGUGUAGAAAAGAAGAGCUUGCUUUGAGAAAGUUGAACUGUCAAAUAACUGCUUUUUUGUACUUUUCAAAGCCUAAAAGAUGCUCAUCACAUCAUUUUCCAUUUUUAGUAUCCAAACUUACAGUACAUCGCAAAUAACAUGCAGCUGGUCGCUGAAAACCAAACUUUCUAUGAGAUCGUCUCAAACAAAGAGCUGGUCAAGGAUGUCCUCAUUCAAGCUUCCUCACAGUUUUGA